CAUACACUAUUUGAGCUGAGAGUCGAUGCAGUCGUUGAGCAGUCAAGCGUUGUACACGGACGAGGUAUUGCAUCCAGCGUGAAAAAAAUGGCUCCAGUUGCACCAAAGGUGAAAUUGAACAAUGGCUACGAAAUGCCUGUACUUGGUCUCGGAACGUGGCUGUCCCGUGAAGGAGAGGCGAUAAAUGCCGUCAAAGCUGCGAUUGAUGCCGGUUAUCGUCACAUUGACACCGCCUACUUGUAUCGCAACGAGAAGGAAGUUGGACAAGCCAUUCGUGAAAAAAUCGCAGAAGGCGUAAUCAAGCGUGAAGACAUUUUUGUUACUACUAAGCUGUGGAAUGGCUAUCAUGAUCCGGCUCAUGUCGAGGAAACGUUCAAUCGUUCACUUUCAAAUUUGGACAUUGGCUACAUCGAUUUGUAUCUGAUGCACACUCCAAUGGGCUACCAAUUCGUUUCAUGGGAACCGGAAAAUCCUGAUAUACCAAGCGUACCCGCGUUUACCGAGGUGGAUUACUUGGAUACAUGGCGUGCCAUGGAAAAACUGCUGGAAACUGGCAAGGUAAAGAGCAUCGGAGUUUCGAAUUUUAAUAGUGAACAAAUUGCUCGCCUCGUUAAGGAGUGCAAAGUAAAGCCGGUCACCAAUCAGGUAGAGUGCAAUCCUGCGCUUAAUCAACGGAAGCUAACCGAGUUUUGCAAUAAUCUCGGAAUUACUCUCACGGCUUACAGCCCCCUAGGUCGCCCCAACUAUUACGAAAAAGAUCCCAAGAAUACUCCAAAGCCGGCAUUGGAUGACCCACGUGUUUUGAAUAUAGGGAAAAAAUACAAUAAGACGCCGGGGCAAGUUAUUCUGCGUUAUCUGGUUGAUAUUGGUACGAUUCCAGUACCAAAAUCAUCCAAUCUUGAACGUCUACGUCAAAAUAUUGAUAUCUUCGACUUCAAACUCACCGAUGAUGAAAUUCGAAUCAUGGAUGGAUUUAACACGGGCAAGCGCACCGUUCCAUUCGGUCUGAGCACGGCUCAUAAAUACUACCCAUUCAACAUCGAAUUUUAAUCAAAUAAAUACUGUUUAUUUAUCUUCAA